UUCAAACUCCUGGGAGGCCUCCGCAGGUGCUUCCUGCUGGCCUCCCUGCAACCGGGCCGAUGAGCGUGUUACUCUCCUGGAGAGCGAUGGAGCCCCGGCUGGUGGGGCCUGGGCCUUACCGGGCCACCCGUCUGUGGAACCAGACCAUUGAACUCUUUCGAGAAGGAAUGCCAUUACGGAGGCACCGCUGUCACUUCAAAAUCUAUGAGCGCUGCUUCACUGCAUCAGAAGCGGUAGACUGGUUGCACAGACUAUUAAGGCACAACCAAAAUUUUGGUCCAGAAGUAACCCGAACGCAGACGGUUCAGCUCCUGAAGAAGUUCCUGAAGAAUCAUGUUAUUGAAGAUAUCAAAGGAAGAUGGGGCAAAGAGGAUUUUGAAGACAAUGGUCAAUUAUAUAGGUUUCCUCCUUUCUCACCACUGAAACCAUAUCCUAAGCGAUCUCCUUGUAGAAAAGAAAUUGUGAAGUUCCCAAACUGGGAUGAUCUUGAAAGAGAUACUUUUAGAGACCACAUCCCAGUAAAGCCCAUUGUGUUGAAUUCAGAAAUGUGGUUCAAACGUCACAGUAUAGCAAUUGGGGAAGUACCAACAUGCAAACUCAUACAUCGGCGACAAUUAACAGAAGCAAAUCUGGAAAAGAUAUGGAAAUCCAUGACUUUGUCACACUUGCAGAAAACAUUAGGUGUGGAUUCUCUGAACGACAUGCUGGAUACUAAACUUGUGAAUCCUAAGCAUAUAAUUCAGAAUGUGUAUAAUGUCAACAAACAGGGGGUUGUGAUUUUAGAAGAUAAAUCAAAGGAGCUGCCUCAUUGGGUUCUGUCAGCAAUGAAGUGCCUGGCAAAUUGGCCCAGGUGUCCAGAUUUGAAACAGCCAACUUACUCAGGGUUUGAAAGAGAUGUCUUCAAAACUAUAGCAGAUUUCUACGGCCACAUCAAAGAGCCCCUUCUCACUUUCCAGUUCUUUGAUAUCUUUGUUAGUGUAUUGGGACUCUUGCAGAAGGAAAGACUGGCUAUUGAAGCACUUCAGAUUUGCUGCCUUCUUUUGCCGCCACCUAAUCGCCAAAAGCUGCAGCUGUUGAUGACUAUGAUGGCCAGGAUCAGCUCAAAUAAGGAUCUGCCACCACUCUCUGAUACAGUUGGGACAAGAACACUGAUGGUUCAAGCUUUUUCUCAUUGUAUUCUAUGUUCUGAGGAUGAGGUUGACUUGGAUGAAUUACUAGCUGCUAAACUGGUGUCAUUCUUAAUGGACAAUUAUCAUGAGAUCCUAAAUGCUUCUCCUGCUUUGAAAACUUCAGUAGAGGAACAUGUAGCCCAUCUUCAAAGGGUUCAGCAGAUCAAGUAUCCUGGAGCUGAUACAGAUACAACUUUGCCUCCUCCAUCAUUUUGUCACCAAAUCAGCACCGAUGAAUUUGAACAUCAAAGAAUAAAUGGCUGUCAAGAGCCCCUGGCAGGCUUGUUAGAAAAAAUUGCAACAAAUACAGAAAUGUCCCGCAAAGAGAAGAAGAAAAGGUUGAAAAAGUUUCAGAAAUCCUACCCCGAUGUAUACAAGGAGCGAUUUCCUACUCCUGAAAGUGAAGCAGCUCUGUUCCCAGAAAAAAGUAAACAGAAACCACUGCUGUUGCUAUGGGCAUUGAAAAAACCUUUCCAGCCGUUUAAUAGAACAAGAAGCUUCCGUAUGUAGGACUGUGAAUAUGCUACUUCCCAGUAAUGGUCAAAUUUCAAAAUGGCUGGAAUUUUGUUAACUACUGAACACACUUUAACAAUGAAAAAGAACUAGGACAACAAAUUGCUCUGCUGAGCCAUUAUCAGUAUUAGGUUAGAUUCAGAUUUAGGGUGCGUCAGUAUUUUGAUAGAUUCUGACUUAAGAGUAAAUCUGCUCCAUAGAAUUAAUGUAGCUUGACAUGGUGCAAUGCUAUGGAAUCCUGGGAGUUGUGAUUUUACAAAGUCUUUAGCCUUUUCUGUCAAUGACUGCUGGUGCCUCACUAACUACAAGUCUCAGGAUUCCAUAGCAUUGAGCCAUGGCUUUUAAAAUGGUAUCAAACUGCAUUAAUUCUACAGUGUAGAUGUAUGCCUAGUCAUAUGUAGAACGGAGAUAAUGGAUUUUUUUCUUUUUAUAUAUUAAUUAAUUAAGGACUCCCUAGUUUAACCACAGCUUGUGAGAAGGGGGUAAAAGAGGCUGCAUGUGGGCAAAGUGAGUAAAGAUUGCCGUUUCAAGAUGUGGUAAAUGUGUUUCUUACAGGAAGAAUGAACUUUGUACGUAUAUAUUCUUGGAUUUUUCAAGGUGUAAUACAAAGGAAUGAACCUGAAAUACUGGAAUUUUGGCCUGCUGGUUAGCCGCAGAUCAAAUAGUUAAUGAAAUGUCGAACUACUGAUUUUCAACACUGGGUCACAUGUUUGUGUGAGAAUACCGAUUUCAGAAAAGGGCUUACUUACUAGUGCACUGCUUCCUAAACUUUGGAAGUAAAUGUUUUCUGAACAUCACCUUGUAGCUGCUUUAGACAUUUACACAAAUCUGUUGUGCAGUGUUUAGAGUGGACUCUGCAGAAAAUGUUUCAGCUAUACUCCAUAAAAAGGAAAAUCAGCCUGUUUAGCAAGUCUUGCAAAUGCUGAUUUGGUAUCAGUAAAUGUUUUAUUUUUAUACCUAUUUUAUCUACUUCUAUACCGGGGGUCACAUAAACCUUGUUCAGGCCCAGAAGAGUCAUGAAUGAAACGGUUUAAGAAGCCUUGUUCUAGUGCAUGGUGGGAGCUUGCUUAUGCAGCACAAGACUGAUUGUGGAACAAUGUCUUGUCUGUCGGCUCUACAAAGGGAAAAAAAGGAUUCUUGCGUAGGUUUGUGUUAUUUUUCACUUUCUUGAAUUGUUACCUUCAUUCCUUUGUUCAGCAUUACAUCGUGCAUAAAAGGCUUGUACAAUUGUUUCUUCCUACAUUUCCUGAGAGCUGAAGACCAAAAAACAUGGAGGGCCAAAGUCCCUGUUCUAAUGUGUGCUUUUGUUUCAAAGAACCCAAUAUGUGCCUAUUCUUCAUUCUCCACCAAGCAUCAAGUACAAUGGAGAAUGUUGUGUUUGAUAUGGUCAAUUUGAUUGACUAAUUGAAAGUCAUGAGCUCUUCCUGGUUUGUACCAUUAAUAAUAAACAUGCCACUGUAAUAAUAGCUACACAUCGUGUGUUAGGAGUAUAAACUAGGAAUGGCCUAUAUUAUUAUUUGUGCUUAAUAUGUCUUUGAGUUCAAACAACUCUGUAAAAUAGGUUAAUCUGAAAGAGGAUGGUUGGCUGUAGGUCACCCAGUCAACUUCAUGGCCGAAUAUUGAUUUUUCAGGCUGAACUUCACAGCUUCGUGUCAGACAUUCUAAAGACAACUUUGGGAAAGGAGGGAAGUUGAGGGGUUUGUAAUGCACUCAUAUUGAAGGACAAGGCACAUGUUUCUCAUGUACAUAAUGAAUUUUGUACUUCAAACGGACAUUUUGAAUGAACCCAAAUUUACUGCACUUCUAAAACAUUUCAAGAAAUAAAGCUAUGAUAUUUUAA